AUGGAACCGUACUCUUCUCUGCUGGAGAAAAUUCGAGUCCCUCAACCUUCCCUCCAAAAAUUCGCGGUGAUCUCAAUCUUCGAAAAGCUCCGAUCAGCACCUACGCAUUUGGACCCAGACUCCGACCCAGGAAGAGAAGCCAUAACUCAAUGCCUCCACUCCACUUCUCCGGCCGUCGUCGACCAAUCGGUUCGAGAGUUUUGCCUCCUGGUAAAGGACUCCAAAUUGGACCUCCCUCGCGGCUUGUUGGAGCUCCAAUCUGCUCUAGAGGGCUCUAAUUCACGCUUCGUUGACGUAUUCGUUAAAGGUUUAGGAUUUCUUGUUAGGUUAGGGUUUCAAAGGAACAGUUCUUCGUUUCGUUUUCAUUCUUCAGAAACUCAUCCUUUCGUCAAGAUACUUUCUUGUAGAGUGGAGGUUUCAUUCGAGCUCGUGCAACAAGUGCUUAUAUUUAUAGUGCAGAAUAAGCAACUGGGGAUGGUUGAAGUAUGUGAAUUCUUAAGGCCCUUCUUGAACUUUGUAUUCAUAAGAAUGCCCUUUUUGAGUUCGUUAGCUUCAGUUGCGAGGAACUUAAUAUCCUCAAUGGCAUCCGUGUGCUGUUCAUUUCCUCGGGAGGCAAUUCCUCUAAUUAAGCUGUUGACGGGAUGUCUUAAAUAUUUUCAUUGCAAGGAUGCAGAAGAUUUUUCUAAUAGUUCUUUUUUUCUGGACUACAUGGUUGAUGCAUUUCUAGUGGUGUUGAGGAACUUGGUCAGAAUGAGCUUGCUGGUUCGUGAGGCUCAGGUAUGUGGUGUGGAACUGCUAGAGAUUAUUUUUUCAUUACAUAUGGAUCUUCAGAAGUUCUCUGGUGGAAGUGAGGCCAUUUUCGAAGUAUCAAGGCGUUUAUUGUUUGUUCAGAAAGAGCUUGGCUUGAGUUACAUUCCUGAGCUAUCAUCAGUGAUUUUGUCGUUGUUUGUUACUUUCAUUCAGUUGGAGGUAGAACAUGAACAAUUGUCUAUAGCAAAACUGCUUCUUUUUCUCUUGGCGUGGAAAAGUGAAAAUGAAUAUAUUGUCGGCAGGGCCGCAAGUGAGUUGAGUGAAGAGCUUUUAUUCAUUUUUCCAGUCAUCAACCUCGUGUCAUCUCCUUCCAAAUCUGUUAAACAAGUCGCCACUGAUUUACUUUCAGUUUUGGGAAAGCUAUCAAUAAAUUUCUUUACUGCACCCAAGAAAGAGCUAACCAUGCAAGGGAGAUUUCCAUCUAUUACCAGACCUGGAGUCAUUAUUUUUAGGCUUUUGCGACAAUUGUGGUUUCAGGAUCAAUCUUCAUUAUCCGGAUCUUUUUAUAUAGCUUUUACCUCUAUGGGUGAGCCGGAUGUCAAAGAAGUGCGCCAUGUAUCCCAAAACUGGAUUUAUCUACUUAGAGAAUACUCACAAUGGGUUGCUGAAAAACAAAAGUUGGCCCUACCUAUUUCUCACUCUCAGGAGAUCUUUCGAGCUGAAAUGCCCCUAUUACUUGGUACAGUUGCGAGUGUUUUCGUCAUGCAUCAAACAUUAGGGACCUCUGCUGUAGAUCUCCUGGCUGUUAGUGGCAAUAUGGAUCCUAAACUUGGUGUUCCCUUGUUAUUAGUCAUUUUAUUCUACAAUCACACAUUAUCUGCUGAAGAUGUAUAUAUUGACUUUCACGAUAAGUUGCUAAAACUUCUGGGAAUGCUCCCAUCACUUGCUUCACAUCCUGCGAUGAUACCACUUAUAGUUCAGACUAUCUUGCCAAUGCUUCACAAGGAUUCAAAGCCUGCAUUGUAUGCUACUGCCAUACGUUUGCUUUGUAAGACUUGGGAGAUCAAUGACCGCAUUUUUGGGAGUUUGCAGGGGGUAUUACUUCCAAAACAGUUCUCCCAGUUUGCAUCUGAGCGGAAUAUCUGUAUAAGUAUGGCUGUUUCCAUUCGGGAUGUUUGCAGAAGAAAUCCUGACAGGGGUGUGGACCUUAUCCUCUCUGUUUCGGCAUGCAUUGAGAGUCAAGAUCCUAUAAUUCAAGCUCUUGGGUUGCAAAGCCUUGCCCAUCUUUGUGAAGCUGAUGUAAUUGAUUUUUAUACUGCUUGGGGUGUGAUUUCAAAACAUGUGAUGACCUACCCAACUGAUCCCAGCGUUGCUCACAGCAUGUGUCUUCUUUUAAGAUGGGGUGCAAUGGAUGCUGAAGCAUAUCCAGAAGCCGCUAAAGAUGUUUUACAAAUUUUGUGGGAAGUUGGAACCUUUCGGCAUCCUGGUCAUGGGUCAUGGGCAAAGGCUAGGGCAUCUGCCUUUGAGGCAUUAACAUGCUACGAGGUAUUGCAUAUUCAGAAAAGCAUUCCAGAAAUCAGGGAAAAGAACAUGGAGUUGCUUAUUUCUGAGACAGAGCCCGAAGUACUUAGAGCGGUGGAAGGAUUUGAAGUCAAGAUUAUAACAAACGAGCACCUCACACGACGACGAUUAGUAAAGGAGAAAAGGGUCUCUGCAAACAAGAUUGAGAAGUUGCUGGAUGUUUUUCCUCGAGUCAUCUUCGCUUCAGGAAAUAACAGCAGAGCAAGUGAAUUACCUGGUGCAGCUCUGUUUUGCCUUUCCUUCAAUCCCAAAGAUCUGAAUCAACAAGGAGCGUCAAAAUGUUCAGGAACUACAAGAUGUACACGUUAG